AUGAUCCUUGCACUGACCGAGAAGAGCAGGGCGACCACGAAGAAGCGCAACAGGAGGAAGAAGGGUUCGCGCGGCAAGGACGCCGCAGCGACCAAUGCAAGCGAUGGAGCGCGAGCCAUAGACGACUCAUGCGGCUUCGUGCUUACGACGAGCGACGGAGUACGAGCCACAGAUGGCACGCGCGGCCUCGUACUUGCGGCUACCGAUGCCACGGGCGUCGACCGAGGAGACUGGAUCCUCGAUAGCGGCGCGAGCCGGCAUCUUAUCAACGACGAGUCGCUGCUGCUCAAGUCGACGGCUUGCAGCCACGAGAUUGCAAUGGCAGAUGGCGAGUCACUUCACCUAACGCGUGUCGGCAGCGUGCGCCUCGAUGUUCUCGCGCACGGUGCUGAGGAGGUAGUGAAGCUCACGGAUGUGUACUUGGCGCCGCGACUGGCAAAGAACACUGUGUCGUACGGCAAGCUCGUGAACAAAGGAUUUGCCCUAGUGCACUCCGGCCACAAUCGCUCGCUCACUCGGCCACGCGCGACAAGGAAGGUGCAGGCGGCGACGCGAUCAUGGCGGCUCGAAGCGCAUGCCACGGAACCCAACGCCGACGAGCCGUACGAAGCAUCGCUGUUGCACUGGCACCAGCGACUCGGCCACCUUGUGUUCGACACGAUCGAACGCAUGGUGCGCGAUCCGGCAUCAGGCAAUCGGCUCAGCAACAAUAAACGCAUGGCGUGUGUGUCGUGCCUCGAGGGCAAGCAGACGCGCAACGCGCGGUCCCAACAAGACAGCGGCAAGCCCUCGACCAUCGAUCGCAUCGGCGGUGUCAUCUGUUCGGACCUGAAGGGUCUAAUGGCGCUGCAGGACCGACUCGGCAAUCUUCACCUUGUGAACUUCGUUGAUCACAAGAGCAACUACUGCCGAGUCUUCCUCUCGCGCACGAAGGACGCUGCGGCGAAGCAGCUCUAG